AUGAAUAAAUUUUAUGUUCAAAUAGCUUUAUUUAUUUUAACAAUCUCUCUAUAUGUGGAUAAUAAAACCCUUGCAGCUGAGCCUCCUCCAGGAGAAGAUACACCGCUCGAAUCAACACCCGAAUCACCACUCGAGUUAACACGUCAUUAUCUUACUUCAGAAGAAAUAUAUGAAAAAAACAAACACCUAUUAUGUGCAAAUCCCGAAGAAACUACACAAGUGAUCAAACUUAUGCAUGAAGCUAUAAGACAUUUAGAGUAUCAUGUUACAAGUAAAUAUGAUUAUAAAUUCUACACACAAUAUCAUCCUUGCCGUAUGAUUUUUUAUCAAAAACAAUAUGGAGAAUAUACAAAAGUUAGAAAAAUUGAAUAUAUAAAUGAUGAUCGAAAUAAGUAUAAUGAAAUAGUAAAAGAGUUAUGGGAUCCUGACCAUAUCAAUUUUUUUUAUAAAGGCUCAGCUGAAAGAAAAAUUGUCCGUGUAUACAAUCAAGAUUUAGUAAUGAUACAACAACGCUCUAAAAAUCAGUGCGAGCCCUAUCAGAAAUAUUUUUAUGCUUUAGCUGCAAAGGCUGAAAUAUCAGAAGAUGCAACUGUAAUUGCCAUGACUUCAGCAAAUAUAAAUGAUCACCACCCUACCAAUAAAAAAUAUAAAAACGCACUUAUAGAAAACGCAAAUUUAUUCAAAACUGAAAUUGAUUCUGAAGAUGAUAUUAGAAAUGGAACAAUAAACAAAACAUAUGUUAACUUAAUUGGAUACCUCAUUAAAAAAAAAAACAAUUGUGUUAAUAUCACCUAUAUAGAAUCUAUUGCUCACCAUAUUCCCAGCUACCUAAAACGCAUGAUUAGAAAAGUUUCAAAUUGUUUUUCCCUUCAUAAAUAA